AUGGCGGACAUCCUCAUCCAACCAGCUGUCCCGUCUCUUUUUACCCAUACUGAAUCAGCAUCAAAUCUUAUCGUUGAUUCGCCAACGGCAGAUUCUAAUAAUAAUACUGCAAUUCAUCACAGUCGUACAUCACCAAAUAACAAUAAUAACAACAGCAGUAACCAUCCGAAUGCUACAAAUAAAUAUAUUGGUCAUGUAAGUCGAUUACGUAGUGUAUUUAAUCAGUAUGCAUUAACAUUGAAUGAUUUAAAAUCUGGCGAACAUCGAUCUCGUUACGGCAAUCAUCAUGAAGGUCUUAGUUCACCAACACGUGGUUUAGGCGACGGUGCUGAUGAAAUUUCUGUAUCACCACCAACACAACUAUUACCAUUAGCAACAACAUCAUCAUCCACAAUUAUUGAGCGUAGUAGAAGUUUAUCUAAUCCACGGGUACUGGACAAUAAUAAAUCAAAUAUGAAUUCAAUGCGUAAUGGUAUAUCAUCCUUAGCAAUGACCGAAAAUCCACCAACAAAAAGUAAUGCAAAUGAAGAUCAUACAGUACGUUUUCGUAAAGCAAGAGAAAUGUUUCAAACAUUAGAAGAAGAAGCAGCACGUACAACAAUUUCAUUAACAACAACAACAACAACAACAGUAGCAACAAAGCAAAAUGAACCAUUCAAUGAUGAUCUAUAUCAACCAGAUUUUAUGAUUGAUAAACAAAAAAUAGAUAUUUCAAAACUAAAUACAGAACAUAUUCCUGAUCUUAUUAUUGAUCAUAGACAACAACAACAACAACAAAAUCAUCAUCAUAUUGAAUAUUCACCGAAAAGUCAUGAUUCAAAUUCUAAUCGCAUUCGUGAUAUACCAGUACAAUUUAUUGGUACAUCAUCUUUACCUUCUCCUACACACUCUGAUCGAUCAAUAACGUCAAUUCCAAUUCAUCGAACUGUACCAGUAUCAACAACAAUGCCACAAUAUCAGCACGAACAACAACAACAACAAUCACCGAUUCCGUUCGUUUCAAACGAUGAUGUACAUUAUGCUACAGUGAAUCGAAAGCAAAUAAAUUCAGAUCAACAUUAUGAUUUUCCAGCUGAUGCCAUUGAACAAUUAAAAAAACAUCAACGUGAUGAACAUGAUUUAAUGCAUGACAUACCAAAACCAUCGAAUGAAGAAAUAGCGAAUCGUAUUGUUGCAUCAAUUUUACCAUCGAAUAUUCUUAAACGUAUGGAUCAUCUAAAUACAGUAUUUAUUAAGCCAACAUCAAUGGAUCGUUCAUUACCAAAAUUAUCAUUUUCAGAGAAUGAUAAACUAGAAUCGCCUAUAAGAAUUGAAGAUAAACCUGAAAAUAAUCAUUUUAUUCCAGAUCAACAACAAGAAGUCGAACAAAAAUGGAUUGAAAAUCCGAUGCUUAAUAAUGUUGAUUAUGUUAAUGAAGAUAGUACGUCGUCAUCGCCGAUCUUUUAUGAAAAGCCGGGCAUACCAGAAAUGAAUGAUAAUGAUAAUGAUGAUUUAGUAUUGUCACCGAAUGGUACUAGACGAGUUAAAUUUAGUAAUGCACCAAUUCGAGUAUAUCCAACGUAUUCACCAAGUGAAUAUAAUCGACGAAAUGAUGAUAUUGAUCCAUUUUCAGCAUCAGCUGAAUAUGAAUUAGAAAAACGCAUUGAAAAAAUGCAUGUUUUUAAUGUUGAAAUUGAAAAAGGAACCGAUGGUCUUGGUAUCAGUGUUUUGGGAAUGGGCGUAGGUGCUGAUAGUGGCUUAGAAAAAUUGGGUAUUUUUGUUAAAUCUCUUAAUCCUCAAGGUGUUAUUGCCCAAGAUGGACGAAUACAAAUAGGCGAUCAAAUCAUUGAAGUUGAUGAUCAUUCACUUGUUGGUGUAACACAUACCUAUGCAACAAAUGUACUUAAAGCAACAUCAGGUUCAGUUAGAUUUGUAAUUGGUCGUGAAAAAGAUGUUGAAAAUUCUGAAAUCCUUCGUCUUAUUCAACAGUCAUUACAAAUGGAUCAAGAACGUAAUGAAAUGUCACGAGCACUACAGCAUCAUCAUGAUGCGUAUAAUGAUCAACAUUUACAGGAUGAUGGUUUUUCGAAUUUUGAAUUCAAUGAUAAUACUGAUCAUACCAAAUUUGAUGAUGAUAAUAAUGAUAAUAAUAAUGAUAUACAAACAAAUCAUCAUCAUGAAUUAGCUAAAGCACAUGAAAAGAAUUAUGAACAAAUAUGGGCCAUGACCGAGAAGCAAUCUAAUGAACAAUCUCAAAAGGUGUAUGAAUUUGAAAUACUUAAACAACGUUAUGAAUCAUUAGAAAAAUCUCUAGCAAAUGCUGAAAAAGAAAAAGAAUAUUUUCAAAAAAAUUAUGAACAAACUAAAAAAGAUUUUGAACAUAUUGAAGAAAAAUAUUUAAAAGCUAAAAAAUUAAUCAAAGAAUUACAAGAUCGUGAAAUUGAAUCACGAGAGCAACAAUCUCAACAAUUGGAAAAAAAUGAACAACAACAAAAACGAAUUUUAGAAUUAAUUAAAAAAAUUGAAGAACUUGAAAAAACGAUGACUAAUUCAGUAUCAAAUUCUGAACAAGUCAUAGAAAAUUCUUCACUUCUAACACGUAGUACCAAAUUACCAAGUACAAGUUCUGAAUGUGUUGUAUUACGUCCACCAGAUAUACCUGAACGUAUACCGAUUCGAUCGCGUACAAGUUCUGGUCAACACGUUCUUUCUCCUGAGCGUCCACCAAGUCGAAAUACACCUGCAACGUCAUCAAUACGAUUACCAGCAACAUCAUUUGAAAAAAUCUCAAACACGACUACUAUUAAUAUCAAUAACAGAAUGACUAAUCAAUCUGAUUUUGAAGUUGAUCGUAGUCCACUACUCAAUCAUAGUAUACAAAUGGAUAAAAGUCACAUCGCUAAAGCACGCCCAAGAAAUUUACCAUCAAAACGUUUAUCAAAUCCAUUACUCGAUGAAGGUUCUAAUCGUGAUGAUAAUGAUACAGAUAAUAAAAAUUUAAUUUCAAAAGUUCCAUCGAUCGAGCAAACAAUAAUAAAACCUUCAACAAAUAACAAAAAUAAUAACACUGAUGCUGAUGAGUUCGUUGAAGUAAAAGAUUGGACAUCGGAUCAGUGUAUUCAAUGGUUGACUGCUCACGAAAUGACAUCCUUCAUUCCAAUAUUUCUCAGUCGUAAUAUUGAUGGAGAAAAACUUUUAUUACUUGAUAGUACAAAAAUGAAGGCAAUGGGUAUAAAAUCAAGUAAAGAUCGUGAUCAUUUGAAAGCAAAAUUGAAAGAGCUUAAACAUGCUGAUCUCGAUCGAAUUCGUGAACGACUUUUAGCUCAACAAACAACAUCCUUUCAGCAUUCAGUUCAUAGCGGAAAUCGAUUACGUUCAUCGAGUAUGACGAAAUUAAAAGAACGAAGAUUAUUUGGUGGUAGCGGUGGCAAAUAG